AUGCUAGAUCUCAACCUCAGCUUCGUCUGCAACGACGUCGUCUCCAGCUCCGACAACAACCUUCUUCACCUUCCCGCUACCACCUCCCCAAUCCAGAGCUCAGCCAGCUUCAACUCCUCCUCCAACCUCACCGCCGCCGGCGACGACGAAGACUCGUCCACCCUCAACUUCCUCUCCCCAAACGACGUCGCUGCAGAAGACAACGCUCACUGUGAUGCUCGGACCAUCCAGCUCUUCCCGCUCACGCAAUCCGUACUCUCUUCUUCUUCGUCGUCAUCGUCUUCGAGAAAGCAGUGGCUGGGACUAUCGUCCAAUUCCGGAUUGGAGGUGGAGCCGAGCUACUAUGCUCCUGCGGAGCAGAUCGUGCCCUUGCAGCAGAAAGUGAAGAAGAGCCGGAGAGGACCCAGGUCUCGGAGCUCUCAGUAUCGGGGCGUUACGUUCUAUCGGAGAACUGGGAGAUGGGAAUCUCAUAUUUGGGAUUGCGGGAAACAGGUGUACUUGGGAGGAUUUGACACUGCCCAUGCUGCAGCUAGGGCAUAUGAUCGAGCUGCGAUCAAGUUCCGUGGAACUGAAGCUGAUAUUAAUUUCAAUGUUAGUGAUUAUGAAGACGAUAUUAAGCAGAUGAGCAAUUUUACAAAGGAAGAGUUUGUCCAUAUCCUGCGUCGCCAGAGCACCGGAUUCUCUAGAGGAAGCUCAAAAUACAGGGGAGUCACGUUGCACAAAUGUGGCCGCUGGGAAGCUCGUAUGGGCCAGUUUCUGGGCAAGAAGGCAUAUGACAAGGCUGCCAUCAAAUGCAAUGGAAGAGAAGCAGUCACCAACUUUGAGCCAAACUCAUAUGAUGGUCAGAUAAUGUCUGAGGCCCACAAUGGAGGCAGUGACAAAAGUCUUGAUCUGAACUUGGGAAUUGCUCCCCCUUUGGUUUCUGAGCUCCAAAAGAACAACAGCAAUUUCAGCAGCUUCCCUGUUCAGCUAGGCUGCGAUGAUAUUCCUAUUCACAUGAGAACAAGGAAUGAGAACUCUGCUCCAGCACCUAUGAGGGCUCAACUGUCUCAUGGCUCAAUGGUGGCGUCUGAGCAGCCUCCUAUAAUGAGCAACAUAAAUUCCAAUUUCUUUCCCAUGCAAGUGGAAAGAGCAACGGAAAAGAGAAUGGAUGUUAACUCCUUCCCAAAUUGGGCAUGGCAACUCCAAGGCCUUAAUGGUGGAGCAACUCCAAUGCCACUCUUCUCUGCUGCAGCAUCAUCAGGAUUCCCUUCUUCAACAGCCACUUCACCACCAGCUGCUGUCAAUCAACUUCAUUUUCCUAACACAACUAUUCUCCACCACCAUUUUUCACCAUCGACAGUCACCAACAACAUACCCGGUUUCUAUUGCAGGAGCUGA